GAGUCCCGCCUCGUCGACGGGCAUGAUCGACGCGUCCGAGUUCCGCGGGCUCGACCCGGGUUCCUACCCGGGUCGCAUGUCGCCCGGCGGUUUCUCGAGCAGCAGUUACGCGACGCUGACGCCGCUGCAGCCGCUGCCUCCGAUCUCGACCAUGUCGGACAAGUUCUCCCACUACGGUCACCACCACCAACACCACCCGGGGGCCAACGGCGGCUUCGCGCCGCUCGCCAUGGGCAUGGGAGGCUAUUCGCAAUACGACAAACUUGGUGCCACCAUGUCCGGAGCGAUGAACAUGAGCCCGCCGCACGGCACAGCGCCCAUGCUGGGCGCCGGCUCCGCUCUGCCGUCGCCGCCUCCUUACUCGCAGAACGGCCUGAGCGUCGACAAGGGACUGAACGGAUACGAAGCGGCAGCAGCGGCGUCCUACGGUGGAUCCUCGGCGCCACAGAGAGAGCUCACGCGGCUCGGAUCGCCCCAGUCGCCGACGAGCCUGCACUCGCCCAUGCUGCCGGCCCUCAACGGCCUGUCACCCCACACGCCUCCCCAGGCGCACUUGGCUGCACCUGCCACGCCGCCGCAGCCGCCACAGCCGCCGCCCGCGCCGCAACCGGAACCGAAACCGGCGCGGGUGUUGUUGCCCGUGGUGAGCAGCAACGCUCUGGGACAAGUGGUCGUGUGCGGAGCCAGGGCGUCCGUGGUGUCGUCCAGCCUGGUGCUCAGUCCGACCAAGGCGAUCCACCCGGCCGCGGUGGUCACUCAGCAGGUCGCCCACCCUCAACAGCAGCAGCAACAGCAGCAGCAACAGGCGCAACAGCAACAUGCGGCCCAAGUGAGCGGCGGUGCGUCCAGUCCCGCCGACGAGGCUGAGGAGAUCAACACCAAGGAACUGGCGCAGCGCAUCAGCGCCGAACUGAAGCGCUACAGCAUUCCACAGGCCAUCUUCGCGCAUCGUGUGUUGUGCCGCUCGCAGGGGACUCUGUCGGACUUGCUGCGCAACCCGAAACCCUGGAGCAAGCUGAAGUCGGGCAGGGAGACCUUCCGCCGCAUGUACAAGUGGCUCGAGGAACCCGAGUUCCAGAGGAUGUCGGCGCUCAGGCUCGCAGGUGAGUAA